UUUUUUUUUUUCCUGUUAAAUUUAUAUUUAUUACAAUAUUCAGUAAAUAGAUAAAAUUAAAAAAAAAAGUAUAAAAAGCAAUGUAGAAGAAUAAAAGCUUUAUAUUAAAAAAAAAAAAAAAAAAAAAAACAGUGAGAUGAUGUGUAGUGAUAAAUUGAAGAAUUUAAAAAUGAUAUUGUGGAUUGUUCAUUUGAUAUUAUGCAUUUUAUGCACUUACGUGAUUGGUGCACCAGUUGAUGAUGUUGAUGGUAUAUGUAUGACUGAAACAUGCAAAAAUAUUGGCUCAGUGAUUGCUGAUAAUAUCAAUGAUAAAAAAAAUCCAUGUGAUGGAUUUUUUGAGUACGCAUGUGGUGGAUGGGUUGAUAAAAAUCCAGUUCCAAAAUUUUCUGGUGAAUGGAGUAGAUUUGCACAAGUACAAAAUGAAACAAUUAAUUUAUUACGAGAAAUAUUGGAAAAUCGAUUAGACAAUGACACUGAAUCAAUUAGAAAAGCUCAAAAUAUGUACAAAUUAUGUAUGGAUACUGAUCGUAUUGAGCAACGAGGAAUUGAUCCUUUAUUAUGGAUCCUUAGAAACAAUGAUAAUUGGCCAAUUAUUAUGAAUGAAUGGAAUAAAACUGAUAUAUCAUGGAUUGAUAUUCACGAAAAGUAUAUUCAACUUGCUGGUCAUUCAUCAAUUUUUACAGUUGAUGUAAAAAAAGAUCCUCAUAAUUCAGAAUCACGAAUACUCAGUAUGACAAUGACUGAUCCACCACUUAUCAUCAGUUCAUUGAGAGAAAAAAAUUUAGUAUCAUCAAGAAGACGAGCAGUGUCUUCAUACUUACAUUCAACUGUAAUUGAAUUACAAAAAAUGAUAAAUUCAACACGUAGUGCCUUAUCAACAAUAGUAUCAAUCAUGAACAUGAUGGCAUUUGAAAAUAGUAUACUAUUGGUAUCACUACGUAAAAAUAGUGAAAAUUUAAAAAUAAUGACAGUUAAAAAUAUCCAAAAAAAUUGGAAUGAAUUAAUUGAUAAUCAUCCACAUUUAGCUGUUGAUUGGAUCAGUGUUUUUAAUUUACGAACAGCUGAUUCAAAUAUUAUUGUUAAUGAAAAUAAUAGAGUAUCAAUUUAUCCACCAACAUUGAUCAAUGAUUUAGUUGAAGUUUUAAAAAAUAAUUCAUUAGAAACAACUGUUAAUUAUAUUCACUGGACAUUUGUCAAAAGAUAUAUGAAACAUACAAAUGCCAAAAUGUAUUCAAUAGCAAAUGAUUUUAAAAAAGAAUUAUAUAGUUUUACUGAAAGUCCACCAAGAUGGAGAUUUUGUGUAUUUCAAAAUCGUUUUCAACAUAUCAUUAGCGCUGAAUUUUUAAAUAGAUAUGUUGAUAAAAAUAUACGUUAUAAAGCUAAAAAUUUAGCUGAAAAAAUAAUUAUAAAAUUAAUUAAUAAAAUUGGUAUAUCAUUUAAUUCAGUUAAUGGAAGAGUUGGACAGGAUCCAACAGAUGUUUUGCACAAUAUGAAAUACAACAUUGGAUAUCCAGAUUGGUAUUUAAAUUUAACACAUGUUAAUACAGUUGAUGAAAAGUUUAAUCUUCAGUUUGAUUAUUUCGAAAGUUAUUUGGCAUAUAAUAAAUAUCAAAUGAAAAGAACUUUUGGAUUACUGAGUGAUACAACUGAUGGAAAUAUUUAUUUAUCAGAAUGGUCAUCUGAAUCAAUAUUAAAUGCAAAUGCAUAUUAUGAUAUUCAUCAAAAUCUCAUGAUCUUGCCAGUUGGAUUAUUACGUUUCCCGUUUUUUCAUAUUGAUUUACCACCAGUUUUUGUAUACAGCCAAGUUGGUGUUAUAUUGGCACAUGAAAUGAGCCAUGCAUUUACAAGUAGAAAUAGUAAAGAACAAUUUUUCAUUGAUGAUUCACAAUGUUUCUAUAAGCAAUAUGAAAAAUAUGAAAUUAUAAAAAAUUCAAUAAACGAGCCAAUUUAUAUCAAUGAAAAUGAGACACUUGAUGAAAAUGUUGCUGAUAAUUUAGGUCUUGAUUUGAGCUAUGAUCUUUAUAAACAAAUGAAAAAAGAAGGAAAAAUUAAAGAAUUAAAAAUACCUGGAUUACAAGAUUUUACUGAUGAUCAGUUAUUUUUUUUAGGAUUUGCAAAUACAUUUUGUGGUGAUGAGACGAGGAAACAUUUACUAAAUCCAUUAGCAAAAACAGAUCAUCCACCUUACAAAUGGCGAGUUAAUGGUGCAAUAAGUAAUACCAAAGGUUUUUCUAAAGCAUUUAGUUGUCCUCCUGAUGCUCCAAUGAAUCCUGUUAAUAAAUGCUCAAUUUGGAGAUAAUUUUAAUUAAUCAAGUUUCAUUU